AUGGAGGGAUCGGGAGGAGGAGGAGGAGGGGGAGGGGCGGUGUCGAAGAAGAAGAGCUCCAAGGAGGGGGAGGAGGAGAGCCUGCCGCCGGGGUUCAGGUUCCACCCCACGGACGAGGAGCUCAUCACCUACUACCUCCGCGGCAAGAUCGCCGACGCCGGCUUCACGGCCAGGGCCAUCACCGAGGUUGACCUCAACAAGUGCGAGCCAUGGGAUCUCCCAGAGAAGGCGAAAAUGGGAGAAAAGGAGUGGUACUUCUUCAGCCUAAGAGACCGCAAGUACCCAACCGGCGUGCGAACAAACCGUGCAACUAAUGCUGGCUACUGGAAGACGACAGGGAAGGACAAGGAGAUAUUCACCGGGCAACCGCCAUCGGCACAAGAGCUAGUCGGGAUGAAGAAAACCCUAGUCUUCUACAAGGGGAGGGCUCCAAGAGGUGAGAAGAGCAACUGGGUCAUGCACGAGUACCGCCUCCACCUGAAGCCGGCCUCCAAAUCAAAUAAGGAUGAAUGGGUGGUGUGCCGCAUCUUCGCCAAGAGCCCGGGCGUGAAGAAGUACCCGUCGAGCACCAACGCGCACUCCCGGUCGCACCACCACCCGUACACGCUGGACAUGGUGCCGCAGUUCCUCCCGACGCUGCUGGGGCACGACCUGUUCGGCGGCGGCCGCGGGCACCACCACCCGUACAUGACCCCCGCCGACCUGGCGGAGCUCUCGCGCUUCGCCAGGGGCACGCCGGGGCUGCACCCGCACAUCCAGCCGCACCCCGCCGCCGCCGGGUACCUCAACCCGCCGGGCCCCUUCACGCUCUCCAGCCUCAACCUCAACCUCGGGGGCCCGUCGCCGGCGAUGCCGUCACCCCAUCACGUCCUCCACCACGCCAUGUCGAUGCCGAUGGGCCAGCAGCAGCAGCAGCAGGCGGGCGGCGCCAGCGGCCAGGCGAUGACGAUGGAGCAGCACAUGGCCGCGGGGCUCGGCGGCAUCCCGGCCGCCGGAGGGGACGUCGGCGGGUUCGGCGGAGAGGGGCAUGCGGCAGGGGGUGCCGGCAUGAGGUACCAGAACCUGGACGUAGAUCAGAUGGUGGAGAGGUACUGGCCUGGUAGCUACUGA